AUGUCACAGGAAGAACAAGAGUCUGAAUUAAAAGCUAAAUAUCCCGGCUUGGCUCAAAAGGGAGCUGCGUCAAUGCUAUUACAGAAGAGGCUCAAUCGAGGACACAAAUUUUUUGAUUCUGGUGAUUACAACAUGGCGCGAGCUAAAACUGCUCAACAGAAAUCAAUGACUGAGGAAGAGGCCAUUGAAAAGGAGGAGAUCCUUCAGGAAUCGACGGGAGUUACCAUCGCCACCCCUGAAAGUGUCCCAACAGUACGUCGAAAGUCGAUGGUAGAGGGUCUGCGUUCGCAUCGAGACAGUCUCAUUGCUAGUGAGCCGUCUCACCAUGCAGAGAAUCAGUGA